UUGCGAAUUAUUUAUAAAUGUUAACAGAACCUUCUGGAUAUUUAACUGAUGGUCCAAUUAACUAUAAGUAUAAAACUAAAUGUACAUGGCUAAUUGAAGGCUAUCCAAAUGCAGUGUUAAGAUUAAGAUUCAAUCAUUUUGCCACAGAAUGUAGCUGGGAUCAUAUGUAUGUGUAUGAUGGAGAUUCAAUAUAUGCACCUUUAAUAGCUGUUCUUAGUGGCUUGAUAGUUCCUGAAGUAAGGGGAAAUGAAACUGUGCCUGAAGUUGUUACAACAUCUGGCUAUGCACUGUUACACUUCUUUAGUGAUGCUGCAUAUAACCUAACUGGUUUCAACAUUUUUUAUUCAAUCAAUUCUUGUCCUAACAAUUGCUCUGGCCAUGGAAAGUGUACAACCAGUGUUUCCGUUCCCAGUCAAGUGUAUUGUGAAUGUGAUAAGUACUGGAAGGGUGAAGCUUGUGACAUUCCUUACUGUAAAGCCAACUGUGGCAGUCCAGAUCAUGGGUACUGUGACUUGACAGGAGAAAAACUGUGUGUCUGUAAUGAUAGUUGGCAAGGUCCUGAUUGCUCUUUCAAUGUUCCUUCUACUGAGUCUUACUGGAUUCUACCAAAUGUUAAACCCUUCAGUCCAUCUGUAGGUCGGGCUUCACAUAAAGCAGUUUUACAUGGGAAAUUUAUGUGGGUGAUUGGUGGAUAUACUUUUAACUACAGUUCUUUUCAAAUGGUCCUGAAUUACAAUUUAGAAAGCAGUAUAUGGAAUGUAGUAACUCUGUCAAGGGGACCUCUUCAGAGAUAUGGACAUUCUCUUGCUUUAUAUCAGGAAAACAUCUUUAUGUAUGGAGGCAGAAUUGAAACAAAUGAUGGCAAUGUCACAGAUGAAUUAUGGGUUUUUAACAUACCUAGUCAGUCAUGGAGUACAAAAACUCCUACCGUUCUUGGACAUGGUCAGCAGUAUGCUGUGGAGGGACAUUCAGCACAUAUUAUGGAGCUGGAUAGUAAAGAUGUUGUCAUGAUCAUAAUAUUUGGAUAUUCUGCAAUAUAUGGUUAUACAAGCAGCAUACAGGAAUACCAUAUCUCGUCAAACACUUGGCUUGUUCCAGAAACAAAAGGCGCUAUUGUGCAAGGUGGAUAUGGGCAUACAAGUGUGUAUGAUGAGAUAACUAAGUCCAUUUAUGUUCAUGGAGGCUAUAAAGCAUUGCCAGGCAACAAAUAUGGAUUGGUAGAUGACCUUUAUAAGUAUGAAGUUAACCCUAAGACUUGGACUAUUUUGAAAGAAAGUGGGUUUGCCAGAUAUCUUCAUUCAGCUGUUCUUAUCAAUGGAGCUAUGCUUAUUUUUGGAGGAAAUACCCAUAAUGACACUUCCUUGAGUAACGGUGCAAAAUGUUUUUCUGCCGAUUUCCUGGCAUAUGACAUAGCUUGUGAUGAAUGGAAAACAUUACCGAAACCAAAUCUUCAUAGAGAUGUCAACAGAUUUGGACACUCUGCAGUAGUCAUUAAUGGGUCCAUGUAUGUAUUUGGGGGAUUUUCUAGUGUACUCCUUAAUGAUAUCCUUGUAUAUAAGCCUCCAAAUUGCAAGGCUUUCAGAGAUGAAGAACUUUGUAGAAAUGCUGGUCCAGGGAUAAAAUGUAUUUGGAAUAAAAAUCACUGCGAAUCUUGGGAAUCUGGAAAUACUAAUAAUAUUCUUAGAGCAAAGUGCCCUCCUAAGACAGCUGCUUCUGAUGACAGAUGUUACAGAUAUGCGGAUUGUGCCAGCUGUACUGCCAAUACGAAUGGGUGCCAAUGGUGUGAUGACAAGAAAUGUAUUUCAGCCAAUAGUAACUGCAGUGUGUCUGUCAGAAACUACACCAAAUGUCAUGUGAGAAAUGAACAGAUUUGUAACAAACUUACUAGCUGUAAGAGCUGUUCACUGAAUUUGAAUUGUCAGUGGGAUCAGCGACAACAAGAAUGCCAAGCUUUACCAGCUCAUCUUUGUGGAGAAGGAUGGAGUCAUAUUGGGGAUGCUUGUCUAAAAAUCAACUCCAGUAGAGAAAGUUAUGACAAUGCAAAACUUUAUUGCUAUAAUCUUAGUGGAAAUCUUGCUUCAUUAACAACUUCCAAAGAAGUAGAAUUUGUUCUGGAUGAAAUACAGAAGUAUACCCAACAGAAAGUGUCACCUUGGGUAGGCUUGCGCAAAAUCAAUAUAUCCUACUGGGGAUGGGAGGACAUGUCUCCUUUUACAAAUACGACUUUACAGUGGCUUCCUGGUGAACCAAAUGAUUCUGGAUUCUGCGCAUACCUAGAAAGGGCUGCAGUCGCAGGCUUAAAGGCAAAUCCUUGCACAUCUAUGGCAGAUGGACUUGUCUGUGAAAAACCUGUUGUUAGCCCAAAUCAAAAUGCAAGGCCAUGCAAAAAGCCAUGCUCUCUAAGGACAUCCUGUUCCAACUGCACAAGCAAUGGCAUGGAGUGCAUGUGGUGCAGCAGUACAAGGCGGUGCGUCGACUCCAAUGCCUACAUCAUUUCCUUUCCAUAUGGACAGUGUCUGGAGUGGCAGACUGCCACCUGCUCCCCUCAGAAUUGUUCUGGAUUGAGAACCUGUGGACAGUGUUUAGAACAGCCUGGAUGUGGCUGGUGCAAUGAUCCUAGUAAUACAGGACGAGGACACUGCAUUGAAGGGUCUUCACGGGGACCAAUGAAGCCUGCUGGGAUUCACAGUAGUGAGAUGGUACUUGACACCAGUCUGUGCCCUAAAGAAAGAAACUAUGAGUGGUCCUUUAUCCAGUGUCCAGCUUGCCAGUGUAAUGGACACAGCACUUGCAUCAAUAACAAUGUGUGUGAACACUGUAAAAAUCUCACCACAGGAAAACAGUGUCAAGACUGCAUGCCGGGUUAUUAUGGAGAUCCAACCAAUGGAGGACAGUGCACAGCCUGUACAUGCAGUGGCCAUGCAAAUAUUUGUCAUCUGCACACAGGAAAAUGUUUCUGCACGACUAAAGGAAUAAAAGGUGAUCAGUGCCAAUUAUGUGACUCUGAAAAUCGCUAUGUUGGUAAUCCACUUAGGGGAACAUGUUAUUACAGCCUUUUGAUCGACUAUCAGUUCACCUUCAGCUUGUUACAGGAAGAUGAUCGCCACCAUACUGCCAUAAACUUCAUAGCAAACCCAGAACAGUCAAACAAAAAUUUGGAUAUUUCAAUUAAUGCAUCAAACAACUUUAAUCUCAAUAUUACAUGGUCCGUUGGCUCAACAGCUGGAACAAUAUCUGGGGAAGAGACUCCUAUAGUUUCCAAGACUAAUAUAAAGGAAUACAGAGACAGUUUUUCCUAUGAAAAAUUUAACUUCAGAAGCAAUCCUAACAUUACAUUCUAUGUAUAUGUCAGCAACUUUUCCUGGCCCAUUAAAAUACAGAUCGCAUUCUCACAACACAAUACAAUCAUGGAUCUUGUGCAGUUUUUUGUCACGUUCUUCAGUUGUUUUUUAUCCUUGUUACUGGUGGCUGCUGUGGUGUGGAAGAUCAAACAAACCUGUUGGGCUUCAAGACGGAGAGAGCAACUGCUUCGAGAACGACAGCAGAUGGCCAGCCGUCCCUUUGCUUCUGUUGAUGUAGCACUGGAAGUAGGAGCCGAACAAACAGACUUUCUGCGAGGGCCAUUAGAGGGGGCUCCCAAACCCAUAGCCAUCGAACCCUGUGCAGGAAACAGAGCUGCUGUUCUGACGGUGUUUCUUUGUCUACCACGAGGAUCAUCAGGGGCCCCGCCACCUGGGCAGUCAGGUCUUGCUAUUGCCAGUGCCCUGAUAGAUAUUUCACAGCAGAAGCCUUCAGAUAAUAAAGACAAGACUUCAGGGGUCCGAAAUCGAAAACACCUCUCCACACGCCAAGGAACUUGUGUCUGAGAAAUGGAAACCACUCCUGCAUAUUCUACGCUGAUUUCCUUCACAACUGGCUUCCGUUAAAGCUGUCCUUUGGCCUCAGGUUUUAUGGAGGCCAAUCUUUGUAGGAUCCAGGGCCCAAGUGCAGUUCCUCUAAGUGGGCAAUGUCCCAAGUGGCCAAAGAAUGUUCACAAGUUUUAUAAAAGUAACAGUAUUGGUGGUCACAGGUGAUAGGGUCAGUUUUUAUGACUGUUAGGCUUAUCAUAGCUGAUGUUAAAUUACUCUGGAAAAAGAUGUAUAUUGUUUCUUAAUGCAGAUGAAAAAUAUGUAAUUCAUAUAAAUCAACUGUUUAUAUCCCAAGACUUUAAAGAAAGACAUUUUAUAAUGCCUGAAUGAUGAGAAUUGUACAGUUUUUGCCUCAGAAGCAAACUUAGGUCACUUGUAUAUGAACAGGAAAUGAACAAAUCACAAUGACUUUAAAUGCUGUUUUAUCUUGUAAAUGUGAAAGCAAGCUUUUGAUUUAGUAGCAUGUAGGUAAGAUAUUUAAAUAUUUCACACAACCAUAUCAUGUUCAAACUCAAUUUCAGAACAUAACAGUUAUCUUCCACCUACCUGGAAUGCAGACCAGAAUGAACCGUCUGGAUGGGUAUGUGCAACUUCACAGGAGGUUUAUUAGAAUUCUGAGUGUAAAGGACAUUCCUGUCGUCCAUGCCAACUGCCUAAGUCAUUAUCAGAGCUGAUAGAGCAUGGAAAAGCCUGUCCAGCAAUCAAUUUUUCCCCUCCUUCCAAAAACAGCCUCUGAUACCACAAUCUGAGGAGAUUGAAAUUUAGUGUGCAAGCUUCUGCUCCAGUAUGGUAAUUUUCUAAUUGCUUAGGAAUCAUUGGAUCAGACCUAAAUGAUCUAUCUGCAUUUUUAUAAGAACGUGUCAUUUUCUUUGGGCCUUCCUCUUCUAGCUGCUAGAUUUUAUUUAUCAUUUACAAAUAUUAUGAAAUGCAUUUUGAGAUGACACCCCCAAAUCCUUUCUGCCAGCCAUUUCACAUAGCAUAUACAAAGAUAAGAGCAUCGCUGGGCAGGCCUCAGCAGACCCCUGUUUCUAACAUAAACACAUCGGUGUCAUGGGAGUGAGUCUACAGUUCAAAAUUAAGUCCACUGUUGGCCACGCGCAGCACAUUCUUAAUGAUUCAAGAUUCUGAAUUAUGGCAGAAAGAAAAAUUAAAAUAAAACAGAUUUUAUUUUGGAACAUAGAAUCAUUUGUGUCCUAAUACUGACAACAGUUCAUUAAGCUCUGUAGCGUUAACAGAUCCAAUUUGGAUUUGCAGUUUUUGACUUUGGGGUGACUACAGAAUAUAUAAGAAAAAUGACAGAAAUAUCCAAAGCUGCUGUAUACAGUUUAGUUUUGUUUAACAGGAAAGUCACUCAAAUCUAAUUGAUGUUUAGUACUAUAUAUGUACUCUUCAUGUUCUUUGGAUUUCUGGAAGGUAAUGACACUUUACAGUUAAUGCCUAGUUAAUUGCAUGUCAUGGAUGUACAGUAGCGGAAUAUGACCCUAUUGUGAAAUUAAAUGUCUAUUUCAGAUGCCAUUUAUACAUAGCUUAAUUUGAUGAGGAUUGAAUGUAAUAUAUAACAGGAAUGAUCAUAUAAUAUGUAGUUGCAUCUUAUAAAAGAUUGCUAGGUUGCAUCUAACCAUGACUGUCAUUAUUUUGAUAAUUAGGCACUUAUGAAUUAUAGUAUCUAUUCCUUAUGUUGGCAUGAUAAUUUCGCUAUUUUCCAUGCAUUAAAAGUAAUGCAAAUUCUUAGACUAAUUUUAGUAAUUUUAUCUAUAGCCUGUGGGGGUUUUGGGGGCAAAGGGCGGGCUGGUUGAUUCACUUCCCUAUGAUAUUUUCUCUCCCAAAAAACAGUGGACUAAGUUUGUAAAUGUCUCCUAAAACAAAACACACAAAAAAAUUAUCUGCCUUUUUUUUGGACCCUUUAAAUGUUGAUUUUUUUCAUUUAAAAAUAAAUUGACAAAACUGGU